ACAUCAGCGGCAAUUGGCGGAAACAAUCAUUUCAUUGGAACCAGAACAUCAACAAACAGCGCGAUCAUCAUCCCACCAGUAAGACACAUCAUCGUUCGCUUUAUCGCGAACCCAACUCCACACGCAGCGCGGACGCGAUAGAAGAGAAUGCAGAAUCAGCAUCAACGAUAACGGGACACCGAGUGCACGCUUUCGAUUCCCAGAAAAUAGUAUCUUUGUAUAAACUAAGAAAUCGGCAGGCCUCUGUAUAAGGAAAUGAAAUAAAGUUAGUCUAGAUUUAGCGACCAUCGAAAACGGUUUGACAUUUUUAGUUUUUAAAAACUCCGAAGUUCACGGAGGGGACUUAACUGGCGCAGUCUUUGUGGAUUAGUUAAACGCGUUCCGCGAGUGAUUAAUGUGAGAAAAAACCGGCGUAUUCCAUCGAAAGGACAUCGAAGGAAAAAGCAUCAUCAAGAGGAUAUUGAUGAUUUGAGGACCUCCAACAGAAGCACCCGGAAUCAGCGUUGAACCUACACUAUCGAGGGGACAUCGAUAAAUAAAUUACGAACAUGAAUCACGAAUCCAGCGACCAGCUCCUAUUCUCGCUGUGCUUAAUGCACCUCAAAGCGAUUGAGGAAAAAUUCACCCAACGUCAACCGCUGCAGUUUACAAGCGCCGAAGCUAGAGCCCAGUUAAAAAUAAUCAAUUGCUUCUUUGAGCUUGCUGCAGGAGCCGCCGUAAGACAGAACUUUGCGAAACAAUGUACAAAAUACCUUACCGAUUUAGUUGACGACCUACGCGAUACAAUAGAAUGGAAUAUCCAUAAUCCCAGAAUGAUUACAACUAAAUGAAGAUAUUCAUUACCAAAAAUACUGAAUAAUUUCUUUUUCAUAUCUUUUUAGAGGCACACGACCCGGUAAAAUUCUGGAAAAUCAACAAGGACCACACAAUAUCCAUUAUACAUUCAUUAUAUAACCACACAAUAUUCAUUAUACACAUCUCAUAAAAAACAGAAGAAUUGUUUUGAAACGCGUAACCUGCGACUAACAUAUGAAAAAUAGAGAACAGAACAAUUUUUCAAAAUUGAAUAAAAUAAAAUUAAAUAACUUAACAAACACACUAAUAUUUCAUUUUUUUUGCAGGUAUUCUUAUUCAUCAGAAAAAAUUGUGUAAAGGGGAGAGAAAAUAAAGUAAAUAAAUAAUAAUAAAUUCAAACAGAAAGGUAAUAAAAAAAAUAAGUAUGUAAUAUUCCUCAGAUACAGUAUUUUAUAUAAAAUUCACGAAAUUUGUCAACAAGAAAAUAUCUCGAAUUCAUGCAAUUUCAAAAUUAUACUUUUUCUAAAGCAACAACUAUAUUGAUAAUAACAUUUACUAACAUUUAUCUUAAGUGAAUAAAAUACAUUGUAAUUUUAUUUCUUCAAAUUCCUCAUAUCAAAACAAAACAAAAAAAACAACUCUUUAUAUUACUAUCUGAUCAAAUGUAUAGGAAAAUGUUACGGAAUAUACUGAUAGCAUGGCUGACAGCUCUCACCCAAAUACACAGUGAUCCAAUUUUAAAUAUCGUGGAUCUUGGAAAUAACCCAAUAGUGUUAAUCAAACAAAUUAAUUGCAAAAUACAGACUGGAACAAUAAACAUUAUACAUCCAAUCAACUUAGAUCAAAUUGAGGAAAGCGCAGAACUUGUAACAGCAAAAUUUUAUGCUCAACUAACAUCAACUAACCCAUUGCACGAAGUUAUAAAAUUCCGAAUCAAAAAGCUGUACUCGUCCCUCUACGCAUUAAAACCACAAAAAGCGCACCGACAAAAGAGAUGGGAUACAAUAGGCACCGCGUGGAAAUGGAUCGCCGGUUCACCUGAUGCACAGGACCUGAGAAUAAUCAAUUCAUCCAUGAAUGACCUCAUCAAUCAGAAUAAUCAACAAUAUAAAAUCAACGAAAAUAUCAACAACCGAAUUACCCAACUGACACAGGCGAUUAAUCAAAUAGCUAGUUCAAUAAAUAACAGUACGAAAGAAUUGGAUAUUUUACAAGCAGUUACCACGAUGUUGAACGUUGAUAUUGUCAAUGAACUUUUAGAUAACAUUCAAGAAGCAAUCGCACUCACCAGAAUUUCUGUCAUCAAUAACAAAAUUCUAACAACACGUGAAAUAAAUGUGAUCAAAUCUGCUCUUCAGGACCAAGGAGUAGAAAUCAACUUUCCGGACGAAGCGCUACAAUUUGUCACACCCAAAAUUGCCGUCAAUAAUGGAGACUUACUGUACAUUCUGCACGUUCCCGAAUUGGAAAACUCUACAUCUACAAUUACAAGAAUUUUUCCGCUCAUCGUAAACGAUCAAAUUAUCAAAACCUACCCAAGCCACGUAAUACGACAUGGGCCGAAACUCUUCAAAACCAGUAAACCUGAAGAUUUUGUACAAAGAUCAUCCUACAUUGACGAAAUCGAAGAUGACUGUAUCAAACCAAUCAUACUCGGAAAGGAGUCUCGCUGCAUCUCAAUUUUCAAGAAUGACACAAUACAGCAGUUGAUCAACGAAAACACUAUAUUAAUCUCAAACGCCCGAAACCAGACACUCAAAUCCAACUGUGGACCCGAUGAUAGAACUAUCACCGGAAAUUUCAUAAUCAAAUUCGCAAAUUGUACAGUCAAGUUCAACGGUCAUAAGUUUCAAAAUUCAGAAAUAAUCGGUGAAACCGAAGUUCUGUACGGAGCACUUUAUAACACUCUAAUUCACUGGACAUUACAAAAAGAGCAUGACAUUACAGAAAUACGCGACACAGCGAUUAUCAACAGACAGAAAUUAGAUCACAUUCAUUUACGACAGAAUAGUCUUCGUUUCAGUCUAUGGACAACAUUCGGAGGAAUUUCUUUGUCAACAGUGAUUUGCUUCAUAGCCGUAAUUCUUUGUAUAAAGAAUAUUAACAUUUGCCCAGUAUUAAAACUUGGAAGAUCAAAAUCAAACAUCGAUCCGAGACGGCUCGAACUAAAGGAGGGAGAAGUUAACAUUCCUCUUGAGACCACCUUGAAUCGCCAACUCGACCGAUUGCAGCAACAUCAGCGGCAAUUGGCGGAAACAAUCAUUUCAUUGGAACCAGAACAUCAACAAACAGCGCGAUCAUCAUCCCACCAGUAAGACACAUCAUCGUUCGCUUUAUCGCGAACCCAACUCCACACGCAGCGCGGACGCGAUAGAAGAGAAUGCAGAAUCAGCAUCAACGAUAACGGGACACCGAGUGCACGCUUUCGAUUCCCAGAAAAUAGUAUCUUUGUAUAAACUAAGAAAUCGGCAGGCCUCUGUAUAAGGAAAUGAAAUAAAGUUAGUCUAGAUUUAGCGACCAUCGAAAACGGUUUG